AUGUACGGAGAGGCAGACAGACGGGGAGGACAGAAGCAGCUGCACAGAGAGAAUGCAGCAGCAGCAGCAGCAGUAGCAGCAGCAGCAGCAGCAGUAGCAGCAGCAGCAGUAGCAGCAGCAGCAGUAGCAGCAGCAGCAGUAGCAGCAGCAGCAGCAGCAGCAGCAACACAUAGGGAGGGUUUAGAGAGACAACAGUGCAGACAAAAACAGCAAAACCAAAAUAAUAAAAAAACAGAGAAAGAGAAAGAGAUAUCGAUGCUGAUUAAGAACCCCAACUGA